AUGAAGAAGUCAAUGGAUUCUCCAUUUGUUGGGAAGAUAAGGAGAUUCCUCCCACCCUCAAACUUCAGCCAGCCUCAGUUCAAAGAAUUUUUUGACGGCAAUAAUGGGAAUCCGGUGGAGCACGUCCAGCGUUUUCAAGCCUCGAUGAGUUUGUGGGGAUACAGUGACGAACUAAUUUGCAGAACUUUUCCAAUGACGUUGACGGGUAAGGCUCUAACUUGGUUCUCACAUUUAGAGUCUAAUUCAAUCAAGGAUUUUGGAAUGUUGUCGGAUGCCUUUUUCGAGCAGUACAAGAUUAAUCUCUGGAGCAAGAAGGGAAGCAGUCAUUUAUUCCUCUUGCAUAGGGAACCUGGCGAAUUUCUAGGUGAUUUUAAUAUAAGGUUCCGUCAGGAAGUAAGCGAAGUUGGAAAAGUUGAUGAGAGUUUCGUGAUAGAAGCAUACAAAAAUGCAAUGGAGUAUGAUGAAUUCGGAAUUUACAAUUCAUUAACAGUCCAACCAGUUGGAAGCCUCAGAGAGCUGUAUGACAGGUCUGAUAGAUAUGCUAAGGCAGAUAAAGAAAAGAAAGCAAAGUUGUCGCGAACAGCAAGAAGGACAAUGGUCGAGGGACCGGCGAAACCGAUACAACAAUUUGAAGGUAAUACCAAAAACAAGAGCCAUGAAGGUCCAGCAAGGAAGGUGAGAAACGAUGAAGAUUCGCGUAAGCCGCAAGAAAAGCAAAGAGUAAAGUUUCCCAAGCUGAAUAUUGUACUUGGGGAACUUUUUAAGAAGAUUAAAGACUCGUUGCCCAUUCCGGAGCCCCUACCAGCGGAAACAAGAGAUAAGAGAGAUAAAAAUAAAUAUUGUACUCAUCACAAAGAUCAUGGGAACAAUACAGAUACUUGUCGUGCUCUCGCAGCGAAAGUCCAGAAAAUGAUUGAAGAAGGAAAGCUGCGGCAAUACGUGAAGAAUAGUCCGGCACAAGUCAACACACUAGCCAACACUCUAUAUUUACGAGAGAUUAGAGUGAUCCACGCAAUAGUUAACACAACUUCGAGAAAGGCUCAGGAGAAUGCUACACGGUUGAAGUUACGUCAUAUUAACGAUUGGCGAGUAUCGAACAAGGUCGAUUAUGCCAGUCUGAUUGGUAUGGAGACCUUGGAAGAGGGGAAGACUGAGAUUUCUUUUUCGAACGCUGAUCUUGCUGGAGUAUAUCAACCACAUAAUGAUGCAAUCGUGAUUCUAGCUCUCAUUGGGAUGUAUAAGGUACGUCGAUUUCUGGUUGAUACUGGAAGUUCAAUUAGCGUCAUAUUCUCGGGAGCAUACUCUUCAAUGAAUUUGUGCGAGAGGCAAGUAGAAGCAGAUGAUAACCCUAUCAUUGGAUUCAGUGGGGAAACGAUGACAGCAAUAGGAAGCAUUAAUCUGCCUACGAUGGUGGGAGGAAGGACGGUUAUGCAAUAUUUCUCGUUGCUAGAUUGUCGUGCACCCUACAACGCUAUCUUAGGGCGUGAUUGGAUCCAUGCAAUGGAGGCGGUAACUUCCAAUGUCCACUAG